AUGGAUGAGCAGAUGAUGGAUGCUGGAAACAACAGGAAGCGCCCUCAAGCCUCUGAACCAGCCGCUGCUACGCUGGGUGCACGGACGACCAAAUCGUCGGGCUCAAACGAGAGCGCGCUGGACCUGUCCCAUCCUCCCAGCGCCGCGCCGCUACUCUACCAAAUCCCCAUCGGGAUCCAUUCCACCCAACCAGAUCGCUCCGACCACCUCCCUCGUUCUGCGUCGCCGCCCAACCACAGCAAGCCCUCCUCGAUCAUCCAUCCACUCCACCAGCCACCCACAAGCUCCCUCACGCUCGAGGUUGUCCUCCUCGUCUCCGCGCCUCUGCUUCGCCAGAGACUGGCCUCGCCGCCGCCCAAGCCCGACCUCUCCUUCAGCCAUGCCCGUGCCCUCCUCCACGCGCUGCCCCGCCCGACCUCUCCUUCAGCCGAGCUCCUCUCCCUCGCGCCCGAGACCUCGCCAGCAUCCCAGGCCCCGAGCUCCGCAGCGCCAUCCCCGCCUCCUCUGUCUCGCGCUCGUCCGCGUCGACGCCGGCAGGCUCCGGCCGGAUCUCGGCUCGGGUCCCCGCUGCUCCUCCUCUGCCGCCCUUGUUGCAAGUCGCCCGGAUUCGUCGGACCCCUGCUUCGUUCCCCUCCUAGUCGUGCCGCCGACGAGGUCCCCGACAACCCAGCCAGCGCCGUUUUCUUCUCUGCUCGAGGAACUCCAGCAGCCACGCACGACCGCGUCGACCUCCCCUGCCUCAUCUGCGUCGUCGUUGCAACUGGCGCAUGCGCCUCUCGCCGACCUUCCUCUCCGCCUCCCCAAGCUGCGGCCUCGCCGGAGAGCUCCCCCGCUCCCGUCCCAUCGCGCCGUGCCUGCCUCCUCUGCUUCGCGCUCGUUCGCCGCCGCCAACUCCCUGCCGCUGCCUUCUGCUUCCCCUGCAACGAGCAGAGCCACUGCCGCCCCAACCCGGCGCGCCUCCGCCCCUUCUCCGGCCAAGUCCGGCGCCCCAUGGCCGGAUCCGCCGUCGCCUGCUCGUCGGUAGCCGCCCCCGUGCCCGCGACCCCUGCUUCGCCCGUUCAUGCGCCGCUGCCCCUGCAUCGAGCCGCGUCAGACGGACCAGCGAGGGCACCCUGCUCCCGCUCGUCUUCGUUGACCCGGUCCAGUCGACCGCCAGGUCCACUCCGAGCGUGGGCUGCGAGCCUCUCCAAGGCCUAG